UGUCGCUGUAGUUUUGACUGGAGUUUUGCACAGGAGAUGUCUGACAGGAUGAGAUCCUGGUUGACAGCCCUUGUGUGCAUUGCUGUGGCUGCGGUGGUGCACGGCAGCCCGAUCCAACGGACACCAACAUCCAAGGAUGCUCUGCGUGCUGCCAUUCACAAAUACAAUGCAGGGUCUGACCAGGAGAACCUCUAUAAGCUCAUGGGAGCGCAUUGCAUCGCGAUCAAGGAACUAUCACAAGGCAAGGAAUAUGAGAUAGGAUUUUCCCUCAAGGAGACCGUGUGCACUAAGGGAAUGGAGGACAGAAUACAAGAGUGUGCAUUCAUGCAUAAUGGGACCACACUAACCUGCAACUCAGUGAUUACAAUUAGAUUCAAUGUCCUUAAACCAGUAAGAACCUUGGUCACCUGCGUACAGAACUGAGUGAAGAAUUUGAAAGAGGACAAUGAACAGCAGCAAACGAGAGAGAACCAAUCGCCAAGGCAGCCAAAAAUCUUAAUCAUGAGACGUAAUCUAUAAAAUAUAUUAAAAAAAUGCCUGUGGACUUCCUUGAAAAUGUUGUUAAAGUACGACAUAUUUUAAGAGUAAAAUUUGCAAUCCAAACUUUGUAUUCAAUCUUUGGGCUGGGUCCCAACCUCUUUUCUUGAGACACCACCAAUUAUUUCUCUGGAUCAAUAGCAAGUGACAUUUAAAAGCCUGAUCAAGUAUAUCUAUACCUCUUAGUAUGGUCAUAAGGCUAGUGUGAAACUGGAGUACUUUUAAAGUGUGAGUUACAUUGUCUGAAUAAUCAGGACCUGUUGCAAUAAAUUAUAAUCACCAUUAAAUAUAAAUUUGACUCUUAA